UUUGAUCAAUAAUUACCUUUUGACUAAUUGAAAUCAUGCUCUUUUUGCCCUCAACAUGUUUUUUUUGUUUUUUUCCCAAAGUUUAUGAGUAAUCCAGUACUUUAUUUGUAGCUCUUUGCAUGAAAAACCACUGAGUGCUCAAAAAAUAAAUGCAAAGCUUUGCUAUUUGUUUAUCUAUUCAUGGAGCAAAGUAGUAAAAGACCAUAAAUUUGUGUCAUGACCGCUGAAGGCUGCUGUGUAAACAGCGACUUGUGUGCACUCCAUCUCCUCGCUGCAAGCAGGCGGCAGCAGACGCAGACCAUUGGUUUUACACGCGGCUUCAGCAUGAGGCUGGUGCUCCCUAACCCGGGCCUAGAGCUCCGGAUCCCCGACUACGACGACCUGGAGAGGAUGGAGAAAGAGGAUGCGGAGGGGCGGCCCCAGUGGGACAACAAGGCCCAGUACAUUCUGACCUGUGUGGGCUUCUGUAUCGGUCUGGGGAACGUGUGGCGCUUUCCUUACCUGUGUCAGAGUCACGGAGGAGGUGCCUUUCUGAUUCCCUACCUGAUCCUGCUGGUGCUGGAAGGAAUGCCUCUCCUGCUGAUGGAGUUCGCCAUUGGUCAACGUCUGAGGAAAGGCAGCGUCGGGGUGUGGAGUGCCAUCAGCCCCUAUCUGACUGGAGUUGGUAUCGCCUCCAUGUUGGUGUCUUUCUUGGUUGCGUUGUACUACAACACCCUGAUAGCCUGGAUCCUCUGGUAUCUCCUCAACUCAUUUCAGCAGCCUCUACCAUGGGCUCAGUGUCCACUGAAUGAAAAUGGGACAGAAUUUAUAUCGGAAUGCCAGCGGAGCUCCACUGUGGAUUAUUUCUUUUACAGAGAGACUCUGAAUACUUCUGCCUCCAUAUCUGAGUCUGAGGGAAUCCAGUGGCCAAUGGUGGUUUGUCUGCUGGCAGCAUGGACAAUUGUUGCGAUCUGCUGCAUUAGAGGGAUAAGCACUUCAGGGAAGGCGGUUUACGUCACAGCAAUCCUGCCUUACAUAGUGCUGGCCAUCUUCCUGAUCCGAGGAGCAACUCUGAAAGGUGCCGUGAGCGGGAUAAAAUUCCUCUUCACACCAGAUGCGGAGGAGUUGAUUAAACCAACAACUUGGUUGGAUGCAGGAGCUCAGGUGUUUUACGCCUUCGGUUUGGGAUGGGGAGGCCUCAUCUCCUUCUCAAGCUACAACCCUGUUCACAACAACUGUGUGCAAGAUGCUGUAAUCCUGUCUGUCGUAACUGGACUCACGUCGGUCUACGCUGCCCUGGUGACCUACUCCAUCAUCGGCUUCAGAGCCACUGAGAAAUACGACACCUGUAUCAGUGAAAACAUUGUGAGGUUAUUAAAUACGUUUGAUCUUCCUGAAGACAACAUCACGUCAAGCAACUACGAUGCAGCCUUAAAUCACCUAAACAGCUCCUAUCCCCAUGUCAUGCUUGGACUGAACCUCCAAACCUGUGACAUGCAGAAACUCCUCAGUGAGGGAGUGGAGGGAACAGGUCUGGCCUUCAUCGUCUUCACUGAGGCCAUCACCAAGAUGCCCGGCUCUCCUGUCUGGUCCGUCCUCUUUUUUGUCAUGCUCCUCUGCCUGGGACUCUCCACGCUGUUCGGGAACAUCGAGGGAGUGGUGGUUCCACUGAAAGACUUGCAAAUAUUUCCUAAAAAAUGGCCCCACGAAGCACUCACUGGGCUGACGUGUGUCGUUUCCUUCAUCAUCUGCCUGCUGUUUACGCAGAAUUCAGGCAUUUAUUGGGUCUCUUUCUUCGAUAAUUUUGCUGGAUCAGUUCCUCUGCUGACCAUCGGAUUGUUCGAGAUGAUAGCUGUUGUCUACAUUUACGGCGUAGACAGGUUCAACAAGGACAUAGAGUUCAUGGUUGGACGUAAGCCGUCAAUCUUCUGGCAGGUUACGUGGAGAGUCGUCAGUCCGCUGAUUGUCUUCGUCAUCCUUGUUUUCUAUCUGGUUACUCAAGUACAACAGAAGCUCACCUACUUAGUCUGGGACCCCAACUCUGACGUGUUUCCGGCUCUGACGUCAGUGGAGUAUCCCUCGUGGAUCAACGCAGCGAUCUUCCUCUUGGCAGGAGUCCCCAGCCUGGCUGUGCCUGCGUACGCGUUAUGCAGAUGGAUUUAUGUUUUAUGUAUAAAAAAAUAAUUUUCAGAUAUUAAAUCCAGCUAUGUUUUUUUUUUUUUUAAAAGUCAUACAUUUCACCUCACCUGUGCUGCUUUGGUUAACAUGUUAGCAUUCGCACCACGCAGACUCUGUUAACUCCAUUUCAAUGUUGAUCACAACUCUUGCAGAAUUUUUUUUUAUAUUUAACGGUUUUAGUAAAAAAAAACAACAACUUUGAUUUCAAUUUUCUGUUGAUUCAUCUUGUUAAAUAAAUUAUGUUAAUUUUAAUUGCCGUUUGAUUUAUUUUGUUACCGCAACAUGUGAAUAUGCUUACAAUGUAAGGUCAGCUUGGUGUGUUGCAAGACCUGAAAUUACAACAAUAAUAAUCUUAUUAUGCAAAUAUUCACACAAACAGCCAGAAGAUGUAGUGCAUAAUCUAUGCCAAAAGAUGGUGCCCUAAUGCUGAAUGAACAUUAAUAAUGAGGUCAGAGCAUCACAGAAGACAGCUGUGAUUUAUUUUUUAUUUUUUGCAGAAAAUUCACUAGCCUUUUAUAAACAAACCCAGCUUUCCAAAUAAACAAUGAAAAACAUUCAAAUAAAUAAAGAUUAAAAGGUUUAUGCUCGUAAAAGCAGCAAAUUAUUGUGGAAUGGAAGAAAAAACAUACAUGGUGAAUAACGCCUUUUUGUCAUGCAAGGUGCCUCAAUAUGGCAUUUGUUAUGAAUGGGUGCUAAAUAAAUACCUUCAGUUAAACCAGCGUUCAUGUUAAACAUCUCGAUUUGGUGUGCGAUCAGCGUCUGAUUUAAGCACAAACAUGGAAGUCAUUUAAUUCAAUCUCCACAGAAAACACAGGGCUUCACUUAUAACGACCUACUGUUUCAUAAAUACAAUAAUCAAUAGAAAAUCACAAUGAAACUUUGUUUGAGCUGCACUGAACAGUUGGUUUUCCUUGUCAAUCCAAUGUCCUGGUAAUGAUUCACACACUUAAAGAUAAAUGCUAGGUAAACUGACACACUUGACAUGUAUGUUCACACACUGGCAUGUAAUAAAA